GCCGAGGGACAGAGGCGCUUUGUGCCCGGCUCGUGACGGGGUCAGCGCGGGACGCGGCGGGGCGGGCGCGGCCCCUUCCACGGGCGCGGCCAUGACGCUGCGCGCUCGGCUCCACCCCCGGAAGCGGCGGCGGUGGCGGCAGCGGGCGGGCGGAAGCCGGAAGUUCUGCGGGUGAGGGACCUGGGGGGGGGCGGGAGGCGGCGGCGACCCCCCCCCCCCGCUCCCGCCAGCAUCGGCGCGGGCCCGGCGCGAUGGCCGUGACAUAGGCCCGACCCGGCCCAGCGUGGCCGCCACCAUGGAGCAGCCGCGGCACCGGGAAGCGGCCGCGGGAGCCGCCGGCACCGGCUGGAGCCGGCCUUGCCCCGGGGACGGAGCGCGCGGCGGCCGCCUGGCGCGAAGCAGCGCGGCCUGGAAUGGGAGCUGCGGCCGCCCGCCGGGGGACGAGGAGGACGACAACGAGCGUGAGCAGCCGCCGCCGAGCCCCGGGUGCCGCUGCCGGGGGGAACCGGCCGCGCCCCCGCGCUCCGCAGCUGAGGACGUGUCCUGCAGCCGGAGCUGCGGCGGCCGCGCCGAGGCCUCCCCGGGGCCGCCGCAGCCCCCCGCGCAGGAGGAGGGCGAGGAGGAUGGAGCCGGCGAGGAGGGCACGGGGAAAGGGGCCCGCAGGACACGGAGGCGGCAGAGGCAUCGCUCGGCCCCGAAGGAUGAGGAGGGCGCCCGGCGCGAGAGCAAGCGGCACCGGCCCGUGCGGAAGAGGAGCCGCGGAGACGGGACGGAGCCGCCGGGGCCCGCGGAGGAGCUGCGCGGCUGCCGGGGGCUGCUGGCCCAGGCACGCCGGCUGGGCACGGAAGCCAGCGGGUGGCUGCUCUGCUCCUGCUGCCGCCUCGGUGCCUGCGACCUGGGCUCGGCGCAGGCCGGCGUGCGGAGCUGGGGCCGGCGGCUGGGCCGGCGCGCCCGGAGCGGCUCCCUGCAGGCGGCGCGGUGGCUGCGGGCUGGGGCGGGACUCGCCCUCCGCCUGCUCUGGAUGCUCUGUACGCUGCUGCUGCUCCUGUUCAUGCUGCUGCUGGGCAGCCUGCGGCUCUGCUGGCGCCUGGGCACGGCCGCGCUGGCUGCCAGCGCGGGGCAGCUGGCCGGGAGCCGGCUCCUGGCGUUGCUGGAUGCAGCCGCGCUCCGCUGGACUUGGGGGUUCCUCGGGGACAGCCAGGCGUGCCAGCGGCUGUGGGGCUGGCUGCGGAGGUGGCGAUUUCCCUCCUGGAUGGCUGUGAAAGGGGACGCAGGGCCCGUUCCCGAAGGUGUGGUUCCUGGUGCCAGCUCCGAGGAGGAGCUGUCCCGCUUGCUGGCCAUGGCAGACAGGCCCGAGGAGGAGCUGAACCCCUUCCAGGUGCUGGGUGUGGAGGCAACAGCGUCAGAGGCUGAGCUGAAGAAGGCCUAUCGCCGGCUGGCAGUGCUGGUCCAUCCGGACAAGAACGAGCACCCCAGGGCAGAGGCAGCUUUUAAGGUGUUGCGGGCAGCCUGGGACACGGUGAGCAACCCCGAGAAGCGGAAGGAGUACGAGAUCAAGCGGAUGGCUGAGAGCGAGCUGACGAGGUCAGUGAGUGAAUUCCUGAGCCGGCUGCAGGACGACCUGAGGGAGGCCAUGAACACCAUGAUGUGCAGCAGGUGCCAGGGGAAGCACAAGAGGUUCGAGAUGGACCGAGACCCCCUUAAUGCCCGGUACUGCGCCGAGUGCGGUGGGCUGCACCCUGCUGAGGAGGGCGACUUCUGGGCUGAGUCCAGUCUGCUAGGGCUGAAGAUCACCUACUUCGCCAUGAUGGAGGGCAAGAUCUACGACAUCACGGAGUGGGCUGGCUGCCAGCGCGUGGGCAUCUCCCCGGACACACACCGCGUCCCCUACCACAUCUCCUUCGGUGCCAGGAGCUCUGGGCCCAGUGGGCGGCAGAGGAGCGCCUCCAAGGGCAGCCCCAGUUCGGCUGCUGACCUGCAGGACUUCUUCACCCGUGUCUUCCAGGGGAGCCCUGGGGUGGCACCCGAGGGGCCCUUCCCGCCGCCCCCCACCCCCCCAACGGCAGCUCCUCCCCCCGCAGGCCCCCCCAGGGCCGAGGCUGCUGCCCCCAAGGGGGACGUGAAGCACAAGCGGCGGAAGAAGGUGCGGCGGCCGCUGCAGCGCUGAGGGCUGGCGGGGUUGGCACCACCAAAGGGCUCUUCACAAUAAAAUGUCUAUUUUUCUUUUC